GAAAAAAAGAGAAAGCUCAUGAGAAGACAGCUGUCCCUGAAAUUAAAAAAGCAGAUAAAAAAGAAGCUGCUGUGUCCAAAGAACUCAAAAAGCCAGCAAAAUACCCUGCAGCUAAUCCAUCCACCAAAAAAGCAGUAAUACCAGAAACACACAGGAAAGAAAAAAUGGUGGAUACUGCCAAAACAGCAAAGAAAGAAUCAAAAGUACAUGCAUCUGUGGAAACUCUGAAGUCAAAAGCAGUACCUGAAAAGAAGGAAGAAAAAGCAAUGAAGGCAGGAGAGCAAGAUAAACCAAAGAUGAAACAAGCAAAUCCUGGAAAAGACAAAGAAUUGAAAUCUCCAGCUGCUACAAAAGAUAAAGAACACACUAAAGAAAAGGAAGGAAAGAAUCCUGCAGAUUUAAAAGAUAAAGAGUCUCUUAAAGGAAAAAAUCCCAAGAAUCCAGAGGGGUCAAAGGAUAAAGAGACUGGUAAAAGAAAAGAUGUGAGGCCUUCAGCAGUCUUAAAGGAAAAGGGAAAAGAAAUGAAGGUUUCAACUACAACUAAGGAGAAAGCUGCGGUGAAAAAGGAAGGGGAGAAGAAAGGUACUUCAGAAAAAACUCAUGAACACAAACCUGCACAUAUUAAACAUGAAAAAGCUAUCCCUCAGAUGAAGCCAGAGGAGAAAAUUAAACAACCAAAGACAGCUCCCACUGAGAAGUCAGCCCAGGCAAAACCAGCAAAGCAUGAAACGAUCAGGCAUGAAAAGGAUGUUCCAACUACAAAACCAGUCAAACUGAAAACAACUGCAAAGCCAACAGGUGAAAUUCCAAUAACAGCCCUGAAAAAAACAAAGACUUCUAAGGACAAAGAAGAAAAAACAACUGAGAAGAAACAUCUGAAAGAAGAAAAACACAAAGGUGUUCCACCAGUAAAAGAAGUUCCACGACAUCACAACCUGACAUCAGCUCCUGUCCGCUACUUUCAAUGUGUUUUCAUAAAUGGACCUAAUGGAUUUGGACUACAGUUUCCCACUAAUCUCCCUUCAGACAAAGAAGAAAAGACUCACUCAAAGACUUCCAAGAGAAAGACAAGAAAACCAGGACAGUAGAGAGACUGGAUCACUCACGUUUGCACUUUAUCUUUUCUGCUGAGGUCCACAGUACUUAGGGUGGUACUUGUCAUUGCAUGAAUGUGAUCCACUGGGACAUAUGCACCUGGAAACGUUUCCAUGGGGCAGAGGCAAAAGAAACAGUAAUGGGCUGUGUAGAAAAAGGUAGAAACGUAAAGGUGCCAUGUUUCUCAUCAAAAGCCUGCAAUGCUAGCAAUGAAUUGGCCUGAUUGUGUGUGAGCAAAUGUGUGUGUGAUUUCCUGCCUCCUUUGCUCUUGUUUUUCUUUACCUGCUCAGCAUUAAAGGGAGUCUGUUUUCCAUUUAAUCUUAUCUAAGGAGUGAGAGGUUGAAUGUAGCUCUUAUAUCAGCAAGAUUGCAAGCUACCUGCAAUCCUAAAUCACUUAUUCUUAAUGUUCAGUCAAAUUGCUGACAGCAAAAAGCCUCACUAAGUCACGAAAAUGUGCUCUGCAAUUGGUGCUAUUUUUAUGUCUCAUUGACCAGUGUAGUCUGAAGCCCACACAUGCUCUCAGCAGCCCAAUAUACUACCAGUAAGUUGACUCAUCAAGUCAUGUUAACGAUGAAUAUUUCUAUUUAUCCUGAAGCAGUUAAAAGCAUGGUGUAUUUGCCGUGUCUGCUGGUGAAGUACAAGCAGGUCACUUUCUAAAGCCAAACUGAGCAAAGAAAGUGAAACAAUACGGCAAAGAUGAGGAAAAACAUCAUUUUACAAAGGUCCCGUGAAACAACAAUAAUCAAUUUUAGUAACUCUACAUUAUUUUUAUUUUUUUUUCCUGCAGGUAAAUCAGAUUGAUUUUGAUUUGCAGCAGACCAUUAGAAUGUAAAAUAUACCAGCCAACUAUUUGCUCUUAUCAUGUCAUAUGAAAAACUAUGAUGUCAGGUGUCACUCAUAAAACUAAACCGAUCCAAAUUUCCAAUAAACAAACGUGCCAAUUUGAUACAAACUCCAGUAAGUGAGAGAAAAUAACAAUAAAUAAAAGCCGAAGUGUAUUGGGUAGCUGAUUUUACUAGAUGAAACCCCUCCAUCUAGAAAGGGUUUCUGAGCUAUUAGAAGGAUGAGAACUGGAAGUAGAACUGACAUUCUUCAACAUUUGUUAAUUUCUGUAGAAAUAACGGAUUAGUUACCUUAAGAAGGAGAUGGGAUGACAUUAAAGAUGUGAUGACACAUAACUGAAAAUUAGCAUCUCAAUUGUCUGGUACUGUAAAUAGUCAUGCAUUUUUGAGAGCUGUUAUUAGUUUGUAUUCCUUUGCUAUAAUUUUGCAUUUGGUCUGUGAAAGGUACAGUGGUGAUUUUAGUCUCAUAGUUACCAGGUGAAACAGCACAAUACCCUUUGUACAACCUGGUUGCUUGUAGAUUCUGAUCACAAUAGUAACUAUAUAUUGCUGUUUUAGCAUAGUUCCAGUAAACAUCAAUGCCUUUCCACAUCCUCUCUCCUUGCUGACCCAUUCUUAUCUUAAUCAAAUAAUUGACUCACAUGUGUUUCAAACAAUUGAGUCCUUGACAGGCUAAUGCAAUUCAGAAAGCUGUGCUCUUACACUGCUGGGUCAGGCUGGUACUCUCUGAUUACCAAUCAUGGCCUUAUGUGAACUGAGAUGCAGUCUCAUAAUGCACAGAUCCUUUGCUGCAAAAUCUGUAUUUACAACAAGUAGCUUCUGGAAAAAGGUAGGAACAGAUCUUGCCCUGGAAGUAGAUUUCCCUACGUUGGAACAUAUUGUAACUAAAAGUGUUCAUGGUGAAUGCCUCCAGUGUCACCUGUGAAAUCUGUUCUGGAGACAAGUACAGGGAUAUAGAGCUGCCAGCAGAAAAUACUUUAUGAUAAAAUGUCAAUCUUUACUUUUCUUUCAGGCUUUUUUGUAUUAGUGGCUUUUUUUCCUUCCUAAUUUGUGACUUUUUAUAUAUUAUUAAGGAUGUUAUUGCCUUAGGUUUUUACUGUGAAAGCUGUCUUAAAAUGAGAUUAUAACUUUGUGAAAAUCAGUUAAUUAAAUUCAGGACUUUAUCCAAUUUCAAAAAUCAAGAAAAAAAAAAUAUACUAUAAGAUGUUAUUCUUUUCAACUUCUUUUACCUAAAUAAUUUCUGUGCAUUAUAGUUAGCCUUAAUCCUUCUUUCUCAUUUGAGUGGAGAGAUGACAAGAAUAUGUUCCAUAUAUCAUUCCUGUAAUGUUUCAGUUAUGUAUCUGAAUGCUUUGGAAGUAUAAAUUGAACAUUAUUGAAUAAGUAGUAAAAGUUACACAAUUAUUUUUGUUUCCUAAUCUCAAUCUAACUGCAUCAAAAAACAGGUAAAACAGUUCUGCUCUUGAGGUGGCAAGUAUUUUACUCUUUAAGUUCACAUGUGACCUCAAAAAGAAUUACUUGAAUUGCAUGGCUUUACUCAAAUUAGGCUGGAGUAUUGCAAAAUCAUAUGGUGAUUGUUAUCCAUUUUGGAAAAUAAAGAAUAUAAACCAUGUUUCA